ACUAGCUUUCAGCAGUAAAAGGAGGAGCUUUUAGAGAAAGCGUAUUAGAUAAAGCCAUUAGUGCUCUGUGGAUUAUAGUAAUCCAGACCCUUCAAUAUCAGUGUGGUCCACCACUCGAAAAACAAAUCACCAUGGAGUACAGACUGCAGCACAUGUUACUGUUGGCCAUCCUGCUUGUGACUAAAGGUUUCGUUGGGCUACAAGCUCAAGAGGACGGUGAUGGCAAUGAGACAUGGGCUGGGAAAACUUGCAAGUGUGAAUGCGACAAAGACUCAUCUGGCAAGCUGCUUUCUAAAGGUUCUGGGUCAAGCUUGGACCAGGGUAUGGUCUGCAUGACAGAUUGCCCAUACCAUAAGCCCCUAGGUUUUGAGGAAGGGUCUGUGACUUCAGAUCAGAUCAGUUGCUCUAAUGAAGACCAGUACACGGGCUGGUUCUCCUCUUGGACUGCAAAUAAGGCAAGACUCAACAGUCAAGGAUUUGGAUGUGCCUGGCUGUCUAAGUUUCAGGAUACCAACCAGUGGAUUCAAAUUGACCUAAAGGAAGUGAAAGUGGUUUCUGGGAUCCUGACCCAAGGGCGUUGUGACUCUGAUGAGUGGAUGACUAAGUACACCGUGCAGUAUCGCACCAAUGAGAAACUCAACUGGGUUUACUUCAAGGACCAGACUGGAAACAACAGGUUGUUCUAUGGGAACUCCGACCGUUCAUCCACAGUCCAGAACCUGCUGCGUCCACCUAUCGUAGCACGUUACAUUCGUAUCAUUCCUCUGGGCUGGCACACCCGCAUCGCCAUGCGCCUGGAGCUGCUACUUUGCAUGAAUAAAUGCACCUGAUCCGGCGCAUGCCAGCACUGCUACCCAACUAUUUCCUGCACUGCCCCCUUUUCUUACCACAUCAUGCCAAUGUCACAUCACUGCCCAAUGUAUUCAUUCUUUUUACGAACAAGAACUCUCUGUUAAUUUGUAUGGAAGAUAUUGUGAUGUUUGAAUAUGACUUUUUGUGAAGUCACAUUUUGUGGUAAAUAUAUAUAUUCCUUCCUCUGAGAUAUAAAAUCUCUUUUCACAUCUUUUUGUUUUCGGUUUAAAAUCAACAAAAAGGGUUGCAAUUUUGGUUCUACUUUGGGAAAUAUAGAAGGGGGGACCCAUUGCUGUGGCCAUAGGAGUCUCUGGUAAAAAAAAAUAAAAGGGCAGCUUGCAAAUCUGGAAAGAGGUCAAACGAUCUCACGGAUUGUAAUGAUUGCGGUAUCAUUGUGUUUUCGGGUGUAGUUUGUGAUGGUGACGUAUUGCGCUGUAUUCUUACUGUAACCGGUUCCUUUUUGUUUUCAAUAUAAGCCUACAUUGUUUA